AUGUUGCAAUACAUACUCGUGCUACUUGUGGUAGUUGUUGUGCUGACGGCUCAAAGAAUAAAAACUAAUAAGUUGCGAAAAUUACACGAAGAAAUAAAAACACAAUUUUCCUACAUACCAUUCAUUGGACACGCGCAUCAUUUUUUGGGGAGCAGUGAAGAUCGUAUGAAUCGCAUAAAAGAGCUAGCAUAUCAGGCUUACAAAAAUAAACAUGGCAUCGUCAACAUAUGGCUCGGCAGCACGUUAUAUUAUGGUAUAUCUGAUCCCGACGCUGCAAAGUUGGUUUUAAAAUAUAACCUCGACAAGGGCCCCUUGGGCAGACUAGCGCGUCAUUUGAUCGGCAACGGCUCCGUCUUCGCCUCUGUGGACACGUGGCGUCAUCGGCGCAGAAUCCUUCGUCAUGCGACUGCACAGAAGCACACUAAAAAUUUCAUGGAAAUCUUUGAACGUAACAGCAACGUGAUAGUGCAGCAGCUCGCGCGAGUCGCCGGCAAGGGUGACUUCUCGUGUUGGGAUUUCGUCUGCUCUUGCUCGAUGGACUCCGCUUGCGAAACAAUAUUUGGAGAAUACUUAAGCAUACAAGAAAAUUCGGAACAUCCCUUUGAACAAGCAUUUAUCGAGUACUUCGACAAUUUAUCAGUUCGCACGUUACAGUUUUGGCUCCACAACGAUGCUGUCUACCGAUGGAUGCCAGUUUAUCGCAAGCAAGUUAUGGCACGAAAUAUAAUUCAUGACUUCGUUACAAAAUUAAUACAAAGAAGAAAGAAGGAUUUAAAGUGUAGUCAGCAUGAAAACCGUAACAAUAAAACGGAGUCGUUUGUGGAGUUGUUAAUGAAGUAUUCCGGAGGAGACAAUGGUUACUCCGACACAGAGUUGCUCGAGGAGUCACUGACGCUACUGCUAGCUUCUACCGACACCUCGACGACGGCUGCUUGCUUUACAUUGAUUCUAUUGUCACAGCAUCGCGAUCUGCAGGAAAAGGUUUACAAAGAAAUCCAUUCAGUGGUCGGUGACUCCGGCAGAAUAACACUAAACGAUAUCAACAAACUGGAAUACUUAGACGCAGUUGUAAAGGAGUCAAUGCGCCUCUACCCGCCAGUGCCUAUCAUUGUGAGAUAUAUUGACAGAGAUUUCAAAUUACCUUCAGGCUUGCAAUUGUGUAAAGGGAGCGAAACUAUAGUCAAUAUAUGGGGCAUACACCGCAACCCGCAGUACUGGGGCGAAGAUGCGGAAGAGUUCAAGCCGGAGCGGUUCCUGAACGCAACGCCGCAGCAACUCUCCGCAUAUAUGCCUUUCAGUUAUGGUACUCGAAAUUGUGCCGGGUAUCGCCAAGCCAUGAUUUUCCAAAAGAUGAUUUUGGCGAACGUCAUACACAACUACCACAUCGAGCCACCUUCCAGUUACGAAUGUGAGAACCCAUUAAGAGUUAAGUUCGUACUGAUGAUGAAACACGUGCAUGAUUAUAAGUUGCAGAUGCGAAGUAGAGUUCAAAAU